UCUGCAUCAGGCGCGAUAGUGGACUACCACCGAUGCACAGUUAGCUUUGGGACCAAGGACAAACCCAAUAUUUCAACAGACAGUUAUGAGGAUGCUGAAAUGAAGUUGAAUUCGAGGGAAACAGACAAUUCUCGAAGUUGCAGUGUGGGGUCAAUGGCCAAAUUGGAUAAGAGUUACAGUUCUGAUCUAAAAGCAGAUGAUUUUAUCUCUGAGGCUUGUGGAAAACAAGUGGAAUCAGUUGAUAGUGGAUCCAGUUGUAAAGAGAGAGCAAAAUUUAAAGGUACCACACAAACCCCACCUGUAGCCAGGAUCCAGUUCCCCGAUAGCCCUUCAUCUAUUCCCGAGGAGAGUAUGGAGGACUCUGAGGAUUCUCAGGAUUUUGAAGAUGCCAGGGAACAGUUGGAAUAUAUACUUGUACCUGAAACUCCAUCACCUGAACAAGGAAUGCGAUUUCCUGAUAGCCCUCCAGCUACUCCAAUCAUCAUUCCAGAAACGCCUCCUAAUACACCAGAAAGUUUAGAGUUGGAGGACGAUAUAUUAUCAGAUUUAAGGCAAAUGUUUGAUCCACGACAAUCUUCGUUAUGUUAUAAUGCUGCCCAUGAAGUGAUCUUACCUGCCUUUUCUGGUCAAUUUAUUGAAGUUCAAUGGAAGGAGCCACUCACUGGGAUGGGUAUUAUUGAACCUUAUUUAGAUGCCGAAGAUUUAGAAGAACUCGAAAUUGUGACAACCUUAGCUGAUACAAGUCAAAGUAGUUAUAUGGAAGUAAGGAAUCACAAUGACUUUGAAAUAUCCAUUCCCGAAGGGGCUGUAUUAGGAGUCAUUACCUCUGUAGAUGAGGACACCUAUCAAGU